AUACGAUGCUCAUGAUACUGCCAUUUUAACAGCACAUUUUCACAAACAUCACUUUAUCCCUAAUCACGAGAUCGUCAAUAUGAAUUUACAAAGAAUUUAUGGGCAUUCUGAAACUAACAGGUCUUAAUACAAACGCCCCAGUCGAUUAUGUUCAUUCGUUUGGUCAGUUAGUGCUGGACUAGUUGCACAUUUAUCCUCAAAAAAAAAAAAAAAAAAACAUUCGGGUGUGCUCGGAUGCCUUGCCUGGGAACGCCACGGUGUUCUACGCUUUCUGCCUGAAAGACAGCGAAGAAUAUGGGGCUUUCCAUCCUCAGACACUGAGAAGCAUAACCAAGAUCAAAUAAGAUAUGGAAGCUAUAUGGCUGUACCAGUUCCGGCUGAUUGUCAUUGGCGACUCGACGGUGGGGAAGUCUUGUUUGAUCAGACGCUUCACAGAAGGACGUUUUGCACAGGUGUCUGAUCCUACUGUUGGCGUAGACUUCUUCUCCCGUCUGGUAGAGAUUGAACCGGGCAAACGCAUCAAGCUUCAGAUCUGGGACACGGCAGGCCAAGAGAGAUUCAGAUCUAUCACAAGGGCUUAUUAUCGUAAUUCAGUGGGUGGCCUUUUGCUUUUCGACAUCACCAACCGCCGCUCCUUCCAGAAUGUCCACGAGUGGCUGGAGGAAGCGCGCAGUCAUGUGCAGCCGCACAGCAUUGUCUUCUUACUGGUGGGCCACAAGUGUGACCUGGAGCAGCAGCGGCAGGUGAGCCAGCAGGAGGCCGAGAAACUGGCAGCCGCUUACGGCAUGCGCUACGUGGAGACCUCGGCGCGCGACGCAAUAAACGUAGAGAGGGCCUUUACGGAGCUGACGCGCGAUAUCUACGACUUAGUCAAAAGUGGUGAGAUCACCAUCCAGGAGGGCUGGGAGGGCGUUAAGAGCGGUUUCGUGCCCAACGUGGUGCACUCAUCCGAGGAGGUGACCAAGAGCGACCGCCGCUGCCUCUGUUGAUCAAGUGACUUCUGUAUCAUGCUCCUUCACUGCAAAACCAGUGCCGUCGUUCUCCCUUAGCUUGACCACCCACAAAUACUCAUCCCCCUCGAUCAAUGUUUCCUGCUUUCGUAGUUAAUUCGAAUAAAGUUCCUAUUCUCUUUAAAGCCAAUUCAGAUAAUGACCUUAAUGUGACCCUGGACCACAAAAGCAGUCAUAAGGGACGAUUAUUUUGGAAAUUGAGAUUUGUACAUCUUAAUAAAUAAGCUUUCCAUUGAUGUGUGGUUUGUUAGGAUCGGACAAUAUUUGGAUGAGAAGCACCUAUUUGAAAAUCUGGAAUCUGAGGGUGCAAAAAAAAGAAAAAGUUGUCCAAAUGAAGUUCUUAGCGAUGCAUAUUACUGAUGAAAAAUUACUUUUUUAUAUAUUUAUGGUAGGAAAUUUACAAAAUAUUUCAUGGAACAUGAUCUUUACUUAUAUUAUCCUGAUGAUGUUGGGCAUAAAAGAAAAAUCUGUCAUUUUGACCCAUAAAAUGUAUUGUUUGAUAUUGCUACAAAUAUACAUGUGCAACUUAUGAUUGAUUUUGUGGACCAGGGUCACAAAUAUCAGCAAAUGUGAAUUUCUUGGAGCUUUGGCAAGUCUUCUCAAUCAAUCUGGGAGGAUGGAACAUGGAGAACUGAGUUGUGGGAACUGUUUAAGAAUAAAAAAAAAAAAUGCAGAAACACUGAUACCUUGAAGCAAAGACUGAUCUGAAGUUUAAACCAAAAGUUCACCAAGAAAUGAUGGAUCAUUUGAGAGCAUGUACAGGAGGACCACACCAAUCCAAAUGUCCCGUUGGAAUCAAUAGCCCCUAAUGUGUUCACUUAGGAUGCUUAUUAAUAAUACUUUUCUGUAAUUUAUUUUUGAAUGGAAUUUUUAGCAAGGAUGCAUUCAGCUGAUCAAAGUUGACAGUAAAAACUUCAAUAUUAUUACAGAAGUUCAAAUGUAUGUGGUUCUUUCAACUUUCUAUUCAUCAAAGAAUCCUGAAAUAAACAUAUCAUGGUUUCCUCAAUGAUAUUAAGCAGCACACUGAUAAUUUAACCAAAUCAACAUAUUAGAAUGAUUUCUGAAGCACCAUGAGGUACUGAAGAAUGGUGUAAUGACUAUGCUAUUACAGGAAUAAAAAAAAACAUUCUGUACACAAUAUUACUGUAUUUUUGAUCAAAUAAAAGCAGUUCAUUCGAUACAUUAAAAAAUCUUACCAACCCCAAUGUUUUGAAUGUUGAUUAUUUCUAUGCUGGGACUUCUGAUUAAAUAAUUCAACAGUA